CCACGUCCGCCCAAAUAUCCGAGGACAUGGCACUCCGAUGAUGGAAUUUGUUAUCUGCUUUUGUAUGGUUAGAAAGAAGUCUAGAAGAAAACGGCUACAUCUUUUCGAUCCACGAUGCUGGCUAAUGAUACUCUUCGUGCUCUUACUGUGCGCAUGGCAGCUUUCCGACGCCCAAAGGACGUUAUGCGGUGAUGCCGAGUGCUGGCACGGGAACUGCACGGGGGACGGACGUUGUUUAUGUUACCCUGGCUGGCAGGGCCCUGGCUGUCAACGGUGUGGUGGUCGAGUGAGAUUGACAGAGCCAAAUGGUGUAAUCACCAAUGGGAUAGGAAACUACAGCAAGGAUAUGAAGUGUACAUGGCUUAUUGAAAGCGGCAUUCAUAAUGCCACUAUUAGGUUUGAGUUUACACAUUUUGAGACUGAGUGUGGCUGGGACCAUCUGUAUGUGUAUGACGGCGACUCCAUGUUUGCUCCCAUGGUGGCAGCAUACAGUGGCCUCCUCUUGUCAAAAGGAAGCUCUACAAAGCUUCCAGAAAUCGUCACUCAUUCUGGGAGUGCCUUUGUUCAUUUUUACAGUGACGCUGUAUAUAAUAUGAGCGGAUUUAACUUAACCUACAGCGUCAACGGGUGCUCACACAACUGUUCCUUCCAUGGUGAUUGUGUGGAUGGUGUGUGCCAUUGCUCUCAAGGCUGGACAGGAAGCGACUGUGGCACCCAAGUAUGUCCCCAAGAUUGUAACAAUGGUUCUUGUGACAAGGAGGAGCGGCGUUGUAUCUGUGACCCAUUUUUUAAAGGUGAAGACUGCAGCAUUGCUGAUGGUGCUCCACUGUAUGAAGCUCAGUCAGCUACUGGUUGGGUGCGUGGGCGGGCUAUGCACCAGGCGCUUGUUUUAGGAGAUUCCAUGUGGGUCCUUGGCGGUGAAAGCCUCACAGAACUGGAUCAGCAGAUUGCCAAGUACGACUUCCUCACACGAAAGUGGCACACAGUGAAGCCAACAACCACAAGUGCACCAGCCAAUCGCUAUGGCCAUUCAGUAGUAACAUACAGGGGUAAAUUAUACCUGUUUGGUGGCACAUUGCGGGAUGGCCGCACAUCAAAUGACUUAUGGCGCUGGGAUCCUGAGGAACUGCGAUGGGCGCAGCUUUCACCACACCAGCCUGAGUGCCAGAAUGAACUCUGCCCACCACUGACAGCAUCAGGACACACUGCUGCCAUUGUGGACAACACCAUGGUGGUCAUCUUUGGGCACAACCCCGACUACGGAUACCUCAAUGUUGUGCAGGAAUAUACCUUUGGUACCAACAAGUGGGAGAUUGUGCAAGUGAAAGGAGCCAUUGUAAAAGGUGGCUAUGGUCACUCAAGUGUUUAUGAUCCUGUCAGGCACCAGAUCUUAGUGUUUGGGGGUUACCACUCACAGACAACUACAGGUGUUGUUGUGGAUUACCUCUACUCCUACCAGCCUCAUGACCGUACCUGGACACUCUUGGCACCGAGUGCCUCUCAUCGCUACCUGCACAGUGCAGUACUUCUGCAUAGAAUGAUGCUUGUAUUUGGUGGCAACACCCACAAUGACACAGCCUUUAGCACGGGUGACAAAUGCUUCUCCGCUGACCUUCUUGCCUAUGACAUAGAGUGUGACUCAUGGCAUACACUGUCUGUGCCUUCGUCAUCCUACCUCCAGCUAGAGCGUUUUGGACAUUCUGCUGUGGUCUACAACGAGUCAAUGUAUAUUUUCGGUGGUUUUAAUGGCCAGAUGCUGACAAGUAUUGUGAAGUAUACACCAGGGUCAUGCCGAAGUUUCUCCACUCCCGAAAAGUGCAUUACAUCUGCGACUGGCAUCAAGUGUGCGUGGAACCCAGACAAAAAGGCCUGCCAGGCGUUUCAUCUCUUCAAUGCCACCAAGGGUAUCCACACAUGCCCCCGAAAGUCAGCGGCCAACCUGACUGUGCUAUGUGAAAAGCAGACUUCAUGUCCAAGCUGUCUGCAGAAUAACUAUGGUUGCGUGUGGUGUGGCACUAUAUGUGCUCACAAGCGCUGUCCUAAAGGAUCUAAGGGCUUGGCUGAUGCAAGAGAGAACCAGACUGAUGUCGAACAAUGCCAGCAAUCUGAAAGCAGCAAUUGCGACAAGCUUCAUAACUGCCAUGCUUGCCACACAGAAUUUCACUGUGGCUGGCAGAAUGAUCAUCGUUGCUACACAUUUGUUCGUGACUCUGGUAACAAGACAGAAAAGGCAGUGCUGUCGGACAACUAUCGAGUCAAGUGUGAUAACUCGUGCAGUUCAAGGACAACAUGCAAGGCCUGCCUGUCAGGCAGUUGUAUGUGGUGUAUCAGCCAGCAGCGAUGUCUUGAAACCAAUGCAUAUGCUGCCACCUUUCCCCUGGCCCAGUGCACUGAGUGGACCACCACCAAGUGCUCAGCCCUGUCAUGUGAGGACUUCCAGACAUGUAGUGCCUGUCAGGAGCAUGAGCGAUGUGGCUGGUGUGACGAUGGCAGCAAUACAGGCAAGGGCCAGUGCCUGGAAGGCUCAGCUUCGGGACCAUUGUCCUCUGUGGGUUCUGUGUACCGACUCAAUAGCAGCCUCUGCCCUGCUCCAAAUUGGUACUUCACCGACUGCCCCAAAUGCCAAUGCAAUGGACAUAGCACUUGCAAUGGAUCAUCUGAGUGCCUUCAGUCCUGUCAGCACCGCACCGAAGGACCGCACUGUGAGCACUGCAUUGCUGGCUACCAUGGAAAUCCUGCUAAUGGUGGCAAUUGCACCCCAUGUUUCUGCAACAACCAUGGCACUUUUUGCCAUCGGGAGACUGGCAAAUGCAACUGCACCACCAAGGGUAUCAUUGGUCCAAACUGUGAUAGAUGCGAUGAGCAAAAUCAUUAUGUGGGCAGCCCCCAAGAGGAAGGUGGCACCUGUUUUUAUAAUCUCAGUAUUGAUUUUCAGUACACAUUCAACCUCUCCUCUGAGGACUACUACCGCAACAUCAAUUUUAUGAAUGUGCCAAUAAAGGUCGGCAAUGACGUAGAAUUCACUAUCUCUUGCUCUGGAAAGGCUUAUGUGAACAUCUCCAUUGGAUCAGGAGGCCAGCCACCAUCACGUGCCGAUGGUGACGCAGAGCCCGCCCUGUUGGAUAGCCGCAAGUGUGACAACAUCAAGCUACCAUUCUAUGACGAGAAGCACAACUUUGGCUCGCAAAACACCACUUUUUUUGUAUAUGUGUUCAACUUCACCACUCCAUUUGUGCUCCAGAUCUCUUUCUCCCAGCACCGGGCACUCGACCUGCUCCAGUUCUUCAUCACGUUUUCAAGCUGUUUUCUCUCGCUGCUUAUUAUAGCAGCCAUCCUGUGGAAGAUCAAGCAGAAGUACGACCUUUACAGAAGGCGACAGCAAUUGUUUGUGGAAAUGGAACAAAUGGCGAGUCGUCCUUUUGCUGGGGUCACGCUCGAGUUGGACAGUGAGCCGGAUGGGUCGAGUAAGCAGUUUCAAGACGGUAUGAAGCAGGGACACCCAACACCUGUGGCACUUGAGCCCUGUGCCAGUGGCAAGGCAGCUGUGCUGACGCUAAUUGUGCGCAUGCCAACGGGGGGUCAGGAGCACACAGCCACAGGCCAGUCAGGCCUGGCCAUUGCCAGUGCCUUGGUCUCAUUAGGGACCCUCUGCAAGAGUGACACCAUCAAAGAGGAUGGCAAAUCGGACUGCUGGAAGCCCUCGUCCCAUCCAGGGACCUGCAUAUAAGUCGACGGCCACUGUGAUAAUUGCUCAGUGUGUCACCUUUUGGUGGGUGGCACCACCUUUAUACGGGGCACCAGCCAAGCUCCUUUGCCACUGCGCACUCUUGACGUUUUGCCAGCAAGACAUGGGCGUUGUGAGUCGUGAUUGGCCCUGCGCUUUAUUGAACUGGCCUUCGUGCUUUUCUUCUUGAGGAGUGGCUACUGUGCCCAGCCCGCAUGCAUUGAGGCUGUUUGUUUUGGCUGCAGCUGCUUGAGGCAUGAACAGGUUCUGAAUUUGGAACUUUAUUUUGGAAAGGAUUUUUUAAUCCAACAUGAUAAGCCAGGUUACUAUUGAGAAAUAUGCAAAAAAAAUCAUUCCUUGUUUAUACAGGGGCUAUUGCCAACCAUGUUCUGAAGCAAGCACAGAGAAUCAAGUGAUUAUCACUGGCCCAGAUGCACUGCAUUCCUUUUAUGUGCAGUGUUUGUAUGUUUUUUUUUUCAAAAGGCCUCUAAACAUAAUUUAGAUAAGUGCAGUGGGUACAUAAUGAUCGACUAUUACAGAAAGCUCAUAAAUAAAUGUGAAGACAGUGAAGCCCUGAUUAUGCGUUGCCUAUUUAUGUGAUUACUCACACUUCAUAUGAACCAUUUAAGGCCUAUUAGUGACCCUUGCAUAAGAGGUCUAUACUGCAUGACAUCAGGUCAUAUAUGACAAGCCUCCUAUGAAGGUUUGUAGUAACCACUGCAAAGCCUAUGUCCAGCAUUGUUGCUGGGCAGGAACAUGUGAGGACCAAAAGAGGGCCUCACAGACAUUUCGAGGGCAGUGUGCUGGGGGAAAUGACAAAAAUAAAAAAAAAGUGUUGAGCAGUGUCAUGUGACAAUUGCAGAGUCACACCUGACAGGAAAUGCAUGCUGGGACCUGUGCUCCUUUUUAAAGCUGGCUUUUCCUCAGUGCUUCCAUCUCGUAUAAAUACUUGUUAGACUCUUUGGCAAAUGUGUACUGGAACUUUGGCCUAACAUUAUUGAACAUGGCUGUAACAUGAGUGUGAUUAUUUUAUCUUUGUUCACACAUUGUUACCUUGACGCCUGUGAAACUUGUUUCUAUCUAUACUCGCCGACAACUUUUCUUGGCACUGAAGGGAAAGCUACGGGGGCGGAGCGUCUGCACAUGUACUGCUACGCGAAGUAGUCCGGUUUGGCGCGCGUCUCGUAACGCCGUGGAGUGUGAUGGCUAGCGUUGCACUUCGACGCAAACGCUGCUUAGCGUCUAAGGUACGGGUAAAAGGCGCGACUUUCUCACGCACGCAAAAACGCAUAGUGACAAUGUGUAAAGUAAAAGAAAUGCAGAUAUCUCGCUUGUGUGCGCUGCGUUCCGUCACAAAAAGCUGCAUGUAGAAAAUGAAGGAGCAUUUUAUAUAUCUCACGCAGAAAAUACGGACGCAAUUGUGGGACUAUAUUCAUUAGCGGUAGGAUACGUGCAUUGUGGCUCUCUAGCCUUCGCUUCAACGCCAAGAAAAGUUGUCUGCGAGUAUAGAUGCCUGCUUUAGUAAUGAGUGAUAGCAGCAUGGGCACUUACACCAGUGUCAGAUGGUCAGUUUUUGAUCACAGUCAGGCAUAAUGCGGAUCGAAUUUCUUGAUCAUGAUUGGCUGCUUUACACAAUCUGCAGAAGGGAGCCAAUCACAGUUGAGAAAUUUGAUCCCGAUAGGGCUUAAUCGUGAUCAGCAGUACACCAUGUGACGCCAUUACUACUUCAGCAAUAUUAGACAGACGUCAUGCCUCUGUAUGAAAACAUGCUGUGCAUGUUCUUUGUGGAUUGUGCCCUUAAAAUUGUUUGUGCUAUGGAUAUUUUUAAGACAUUGCCUUCUUGGGCCUCUUCCACCCACUUUCUGUAAUGGGGUAUGAUGAUUGCUCUAAUUUCUGACUGAAUUAAACUUAUUUUGAGUAGAGGCCUUAGCUAGCCACAUUGCACUGCAUAACCAAGGUAAAGCAGGUACAAUUUGUGUGAAUAACCAAAAGUGUGGCACGAAAUUAUUGAUUCUUUAGUGUACUUUAAUCCUCUAGUUGAAUUUUCAUGAGGUGACAGCAAAUAUUACAAAAAGACAAAAAAUAAUGCUACAUUGUCUCUAUGCAAUCUUAAUUCUCUAAUUGAGUUGCCUGCAAUUCUUUUUAGAUAAGUUAGGUGUUCUAAAGGUUUACAAUUUGUAUUGACAUUACUGAAUUUACACUGGAAGUCUCGUCAUAUUUACAAGUAUUAAGCAUAUUGCAAGAUCCAAAUGAUGUUUGGUAACUGGCAUUAACCAUACAUACCUAUUAGGCAUGUUCAUAUAUGGAAAAAUUUCUGAUUGAGUUGAAUAUGUAUGAUAUUUCUGCAUGGAAAGAUGCAUGCUAGCGAGAAGGUCUCAAUCCCCUCAUUUGCUCUAAGCAUGGAACCUGACUCGGGUCUGCAAUUCAGAAAGACUUUGUUAAAUGAAAAUUACAAUAAACAAUUAUUUUACUUAAUUGCAUUAAAAUAUAUGUGGUCGUCAAUAGUGUUAAGAUUUCUUUUUAAUUUUAAUUGGUGAAGUUACACAUUUGUUAAAUUAGUGUUUGUUUUUAGCAAGUUCAACUUUAUAGUUGAACUUCAUGGUGUUGAACCUUCAACAUUACAGUUAUUGUAAAUUAAGAUGUCUUUGUAUCACAUGCCUUUUUUGCCAUAGCUCUUAUCAUCUUUCACAUUAAUCAUUAGCCAAGAGGCUUAAAUUGCCCAAUAAUGGUCUUUUGUUGAGCACCACAACGUAGGUUUUUAUGCCAUCGUAUAUUCGUGGCACUAUAUAUGCUAAUUCAGGUAACACAUUACAAACUCAUUUUGGGGACCUUUAUAGCAUUAUGGGUCAUGGAACAGUUCAUGCAAUGUGCAGAGAGUUUGCACAAGUUAUGAACUAUCUCAAUUGAGUAAAGGAAGCAUUUGAAUACUGCAAUCUUGGGCUGAUAAUGCUGCAAUUUUCUAUCUAACAAUGACAUUCAGAGUAUUGUAAUUUUUAUGCAUGAAAGUGGUUUUGGGCAGAUGUGUUCGGUGUUUCAUGACUGUGUUAAUUUUUACACCACUGUGCAUGGAACUGAGAAAUUGAUCAUCUAAAAGCUUAAGAUUGCAGUGCCCAUCAAUUGAAAGUAAAAUUGUGUUUAGCUCUUGAGCACACUCAUAAGUGAAGCUUUCUUUCGUUAAAUACUGUUAACUGUAGCAUGAAAACAAUGUAUAUUCCAGGUCACUGUAAAAUUAUAUGGAAUUGUAUACCUAGUCUUUCUAAUUGCAAUGUGUCUGGGUCUGGAGCCAUUGGUUUUCUGGACUAUGUUAUUUCAGAUUUUAAUCUAGCAACACUGUACAUAAGCAAACUUGUUUGGGACAGUUUCUGCAGCCAAAACAAACAGCCCAGUUCUUUGCAAAUGCCUGCACACACUUAUGCGCACAUUGCGAGAUUGUGUGUGUUGUGGCUAGUUUGGCCACUGGAGAACAGGAGACAUCACCUUGCUGCGCAGAAGGGCGGCCAGAAUAAGCACCUCCUGCUUCCUGCCCAGUGUGCUUGGACGGUAUUUGAGCAUAGGUUCUGGCUGGGUGAAACGAUGGACACAGAAUGGAUCUCUAGGUGCUACUUGCUUUCUAGCCCGGUUUUGCUUUUCGGUUCUCGCCUCCCAGUCUUAUUGAUUGGCCCUGUCCGCACAAUUUCUUAUUACAGGGGACAUAUCAGUGCAACUGUGUCGUCAGGCUAAGGGUUUGUAGCAACAUGCAAUGGUGUGCCACAAGAUAUUGACGCUGUAGUUUUGUUCUUGUGAAUGUGUCAUUUUAAAGUUGUGUAUUUAUUUUGGAGUUCGCGAUAUAUACUAAGAGCCUGCUGUUUAUAUUUUCUACCUUUACACUUCAUUUUGGAUUAGUUUUUUUUUAUCACUGUUUUGAAUUAUGUUCUUAAUCGCAUGCAGAAGGGAGCCUUUUUUGGCACUUUCACCAGCGUCCCCAAAAAACGUUGCACUCGUCUGUCUUUCCCUUAAAACCCUCUCCCCUUGCUCUUCUUUUUCUUCUUUUCAGAACAAACUGCCCUCUUUUUAAAAGGGCUUAUUUAUUUGUAUAUCUUGCACAGUGCUUCUGCGUAAUGUUGUUGCCUGAUGGUGUGCUUGCGUCUAUUCCACCUACAUUUUUAGCUUGGAGAUGGGGAUGUCUGCAUUUGUUAGACAAGUCAUGCGAGCUAUUUGGUGGUUGAAUUGUUGCUGUAGCUGGCCACAACAGCCUUUGUAAUGGUUCAGAACUGGCUGAGGAAAUCAUUACAUGCGAAAAACAGUGUCUUGGAAAUAGAAUUUGGGAUCUCAUAUAUGCAAAACGAUCACUUUGCAGUGCUCUUAUUUCAGGUGCAUGCUUGAAAAAUCUUUCAUUUCCUGCACUGACACCAUCAUAAUGUCGUCUUCCUCAUCAACUAGACUCUUGUACUAUGUAUGCAGGCGUUAUUGUACUUAUGUUCAAAGGAGCAUGGUAAUAUUAAAAAUAGCACUUUUA